AUGGGAAAUACUUCUCCACUCAAGGUCAUCAUAGUAGGGGCUGGGCUGGGGGGCCUUUCAUGCAGCAUCGCCUGUCGACAUCAAGGACUUAAUGUCUUGGUGUUGGAAAAGGCACCAGCAAUCACUGCCGUUGGCGCUGGCAUCCAAAUUCCGCCAAACGCAGGAAAGAUCUUGCGAAGCUACGGCCUCUUGCCGUUAUUCGAGAAGCUUGCUGUUCAGCUAGAGUGGCAUGAUAUGAGGAGAUAUCGGAAUGGGCAGCUCUUGGCUUCAAGGCCUGUAGAUGAACAAUUCAUCAAGAAAAUGGGCGCACCAUGGAUGGUCAUCCACCGACAAGAUUACCAUGCCAUAUUGCUCGAGGAGGCAAAGAGGCUUGGAGCGGAGGUGAAGCUAAAUACCAACGUGACAGGGCUCGAAUUUGACCGUACCGAAGUAACAUUGUUGGAUGGAGAGGUGAUCAAGGGAGAUGUCAUCAUCGGAGCUGAUGGGCUCUGGUCAUCCACGCGCGACGCCAUUCUGGGGCACCCUUCGCCACCAGUCGAAACCGGAGAUCUCGCAUAUCGGGCGACUUUCUCGCGUCAACAACUGUUGGAGCUGAAUGAUCCGCGGGUCGAAGACCUAUGCUCUAAGAAAACGGUGACGCUUUGGAUGGGGCCUGAUAAACAUUGUGUGUUUUAUCCGGUGCGUGGCGGCGCCGAGUUCAACCUCGUGCUACUUCGGCCAGACAAUCUUCCCACUGGUGUCAGGACCGUCAAAGGAGACCUCGACGAGAUGAGGAUGACGUUCGAAGGUUGGGACGAAAUCCUGGUGAAAUUGAUCUCGUGCAUUUCCUCGGUGUUGAAAUGGAAGCUUUGUCAUCACCAAGAGCUGGAGAAAUGGACACAGGGUCACGUUGCGUUGCUAGGGGAUGCAUGUCAUCCGACCUUGCCAUACCAGGCACAAGGGGCAGCAAUGGCCGUGGAGGAUGGUGCUGUGCUUGGAUUUCUGCUGGGCCAAGUUGCCCACAAGCCAGCCAGCACCGACACAGCUUCAGGGUCGGAGGAUCACAUCUCAGCAGUCCUCAAGCUGUAUGAGACGCUCCGAAAGUCGCGGACCACGGUCAAUGUGCUAGGCGCCGUCACCAAUCGGAAAUAUUUCCAUCUUCACGACGGUCCGGAGCAGGAGGAGAGGGACGCGGCGUUGGCGAAGCUGGACUGGUACCGCAGUCAAACCAAGUGGAAAUGGAUAGAUAGUGGGUAUCAGGAAGAUCUGUUGAGCUUUGAUGCGCUCAAGGACGCAAAGGAAGCAUUUGGGAAGUGGUGGGCAGAGCAGGAUACCGCAAGGACAGCAGGAAGGAUGAAGGUUUGA